UCCUCGGCCAAGCACGACGCGUUGGUUGGCUUCCAUUUCCGUGUCCGUUGGUGUUCUGCCUGUGUGGGAGAGCGUACGUAAGUGCGUGCCUCUCUCUGCCUGAGUUUGUAUCUGUGUGUGUGUGUGCCUGUAGGUGUAAGGGCGCCAAGUGGUUCACCAGUUAAACAACAACAGUCAAACAGAGACAUUUAUCCUUCUAGAGGAAGACGCAGACAAAUAUUUAUAUAGACAGAUAGACAGCCGCAACCAAAAAUAUCAAACCAACUGAAAAAAUUGGAGAAAUAGGCGUCCACAGCGGAAUACGCUGAGAAGCAGGCAACAGUUCUGUUGCCGGCUAACAUGGAAAUGGAUGUUAAUCGCCAGACACGCCACAAUGGCAACCUAAUGACCAUAUCCGCACGCUGUUCCAACAACAAUUCAACAGCAACAAUAGCAGCAGCAACAGCAGCAGCCACUACAGGAACUGAGGCAGCAGCAGCAUCCUAUUCGGCGCCGCCGAGCGGUUGUUGCGGCAUCUUGAGUCGCCUCUUUUGUGUUAAUCGCCACAAGGCAACGCAUUCGGUGGCAGGCAGCGAGUGCCACAGCAGCGAUCCAUUCUCGUCUCAACUGCAAUGCAAGGCGGCCACUGCAUCCGGACAGCGACGCCGACGGACGCCACAGGAAAUCUACUUCGAGAGUCGCGGCAAGUCCUGCAAGAAGCUAUUGAAAUUCAAUGGAAAUUCCAAUAAGAUAUUGCUUUAUCCUGAAGAGGGCUGGGCGCGCACCGCCUCGUCCAGCUACUGGACUAUCACGCCCUGCUGGUGGCAGCCCAAUCGGUGCCGCAUUGUCGAGUUCUCCGGCACCCAGCGUCGGGCGACAAAGGCACAAAUGCUGCCACUGGAGCAGCAGGGUUCCCUGCUGAUUGCCGGACACUUUGGCAGGAGCACGCCAGUGGCGUCGGCAUCGGCAGCAGCAGCAGCAUCCGGAACUGUGGCUGCCACUCCAACAUCUGCUGGAUCGGGAGCAGGAGCAACAACCACUGCGGCGGCAACAACAGGCUCUCGGGGCAGGUCCAAGGGCUGUGACAAGUCACAGCCUGCGUGGAACGACGAGUUCAAGCUGUAUCUGACGUCGAACAUCUCGAUGGAGGACUACAACAUGGGUUACUGCCUCACGGGCUUUGUAGAGAGGCGCUGCCAGCUGACAAACACCUUUCAGAUGACUCACUUUGCCGUCAUCAAGCGGCAGUGGCCGCCAUCGCCGUCCAAUCUGAGCAAAUCGUAAGAUAACCUGGCUCCAACUGCAAUUGCAACCUUUACAACCCCCCACACAUUUGUGAUUGUGAUCCGGUCUUUGGUUUAGAUUUGAUCCCGAUUUUUGUAAAAUUUUUAGCAAUUAAGUAGUGUGAAAUAAUUGUUGUGCAAUCUCAAAUCGAAAUCAAAAGAAAUACACCUUCAGGCAGUGCCCUGAACACGGUGAUAGAUUAAACUCUGUGGCUAUAAAGGAACCUAAUUCUAAUGAAAGAGAAAACUUAGAUGAGCUCAAGCUUACGCAGCGGGUGUAUAUUUAGCCUCUAUUUAAGGGACGACUGCAACUUCGCUUCUGUGUGUAUUUAGUGAGUAAAUUGUAUUUUUAUCUAAAUGUUCUAGAGAAAUGCCAGCAAAAACUUAGCAGAAACCCCAAACCGAAACCAAAACCGAGAAAAAAACUCUAUGUGUGCUUUCAGUGUUGUGUACUACAAAAAAUAAAUAUAUAAAAAAACGCAUGAAAAACGAACUGUUAAAUGCCAAAUGAAACUAAACCGCUUAGCCAAUACACACACACACGCAUAGUAGCAGCAGCAGCACACUCAUACAGUUGCAGCACUUGAGCUUGGGCAGCUACUUAAUUCCUCAAAAAAGUGCAACAAAUUGAAACUUGUGCUUGUCGAAGCAUGUGAUUGUGAGUGCUCCACUAGGGGCACGGCACCUAAGUGUGCAAGUGUGCAAGUGUGCAAGUGCGCUGGUGGGCUUGUGUGUGUGUGUGUAUGUGCUUGAUGGCUGGGUACUCCCUCUCUCUUCUACGACAUACAUACAUACUCUUAUAUGUACUUAAACGGCCAUGUUUGCGAAACUUAUUGCCUUUAAGCUUUAAAAUAUAAGCAAAGACAGGAGCAAACAAGCCAACAGCUUGAAGGGAUGGCAUCAGCCACUAGGCAGCGGGAAAUGAUUGUAUUCACUCUGUGGGGUAACUGCUUGAAAAUUCAACUCGAACUUACAUGGAAUUCCAUAUCCAUAUAGUAUCCCCACAAAGGUGCUGCUGCUUCUGUUGCUGCUGAGUGGCUGGCAUCAGUCCUUUGGAAGUCAAGUCCAAUGUUUGCACUGUCACACACUGUCUAAGCUUAGCUAGCUCUACGAGUAACUAUCUCAUCCCAAUCACCGACCCACUCACCACUGACCCUACUCUCACUUGUGCUGUCGCUCUGUCCCCUCAUCCACUCACUUUUGAGCAUAAUACGCAACGUAUAUCAACAAUUCGUCCAAUAAUUGGAGUCUUUUGGCGCACAAAUUGCCAAGAGAACAAUUGGCAAGGCCAAAGCUCCAGUUGCCAAAGAACCCUAAGUGUUAAAAACAAAUAAACGAAAACCAAAGCUAAUUAAAAACCAAAAAACUGUAUGUAGUUUAAGGAAUACAUAGUUUAAAAGUCGAAUAUUUACAACUAGAGUUUAUGAAAUCUAUAUAUUGUAUGUGUGUAGGCUGAAACUUUUUGCGAGAACUAUAUAUGUAUAUGUAUAUGUAUAUGUAUAUGUGUAUAUGUGUGUAUUUAUAUAUAAUUGUAUUCCAUAUACAAUAACAUUUUUGCUGUAGUUUGCAUAGCUCGCUUUUAGGCGCUUUACACGCAAGCGACAAAUGGGGAAAAAAACUCUUCUUAAAAUCCCCCCAUGGAUAUCCCAUAAUUUUGCUUCAGACACUCCGACGCCCCCGCCACUGCAAUCCUCAUCUAAUUGAUAUUUACGUGUCAGGUACCUGCCAGAUUCAUCCAGAACAUUUACAUAGUAGGAAUACAAAUAUUAAACAAUGAAUUAUGUGCAAAUAUUUGAGUCCAUUUUGAUUAGCAAAUACACCGAGAAACUGAGAAUUACUCUAUUGUUCUAUAUAUUUAUUGCAUAUGGGUAGAUUCUAGAUUCUAGUACUAUGCUCUGUGUGGUGUGUCCCUCUCUGUGUGUAGCAUACAUUUCUGCGCUUUAGCUCGAAACAGAAAACAGAACAGACCCUGGCUUAAAGCUGAAACCCCCUAAAUGAAAAUUAAAUAUAUUAUAAACACAAGAACACGCAAUGAGCUUCUUUUGUAGAAAUUAAACAAAAAACAAAUUGAUAUUUAACAUUUGUAAGCUGCAGAUACAUGAAAAACCAAAAACCAAUUAGGCCAUCUACGUGAGCAAAUGGCAAAGGGCUUAAAAUUAAUUCAUUAACAUUAAGCUUGUAUUUAAAUAAGCGAUGUGGAAACCCACAUAUAGAUUGUAGCAGAAAUAUGUAUGUACGAGUAUGACGAUAAAAUUGGUAGACAAACAAAAUUGCGAAAAUAUAAUUCAAAUCAAAGGGAAAUCGAUUGGAAAAUGAAAAUAAAAAUGCAAAUUUAAAUCAAAAAUGUUGACAUUGAUGCAAAAGUAUAAAUCAAAUAAAAAACGAGCCAACAAAUGCAAUUUGAGUCUGCGGUGGAAAUGUAUAUUCAAGGUAAAUACUUGGCCACCGGAGAGUAGUUCUGCUCCCGAGUGGAGUGGACAAUGAGGCAGAACUCAAAAUACAGAGAUUAUACCGAAUACUGAAAAUCAAAACAUAGAAAAUAAAGAAAGAAAGCUGACAACAAA